UAGAUGGGCACUACAUCCUGAGGUGAUAAGGUCUGAACUUCAGAGAAUAAAGUGAAAUAUACAAAAAAAGUUAUCUAUGGCACCUGUGGAAGCCCUGUAUACCAUUCUUCAAGAUGAGAUUCAGGCCUUUGAAAAGCACAUAAGAAGUUGCCAGAAGGCUUUCGACAUUCACACUCUUUACAAUGUAUUGUUGCUACUGCUCCAGGAAGAUGAUGGUGUAGUAGAGAUUCACAGUCUCCAGCAGUUGGAAAAACUGGUGGAGUCCAAGGAAUGUAACAGAGAGGACAUUGUGAGAAUUACAAUUAGUGAAAAUAAAUCUGACAUUGCCAGCUACAUUUCUUGGUUUGUCUCUUAUGUGAGCUACCUAAGUUCUUUGAAAGAAGAGUUUGAUGCCAAAGUUGUGUUUCCUUUGUGUGAGAACCUAUAUGUUAAUGAUGACUCACUGGAUGGGCUGCCUUUGGGAUUCAUGAAAGGAUGCAGGCCUCACGCCACAGUAUCAAUAGCACGUACAGCUAGGCAGUUGUUUGCCCUCAGAAGGAAAUGGGCCUUGCUCCUGAAAAAGGACUCGAUCUGCGAGCAAACCUUUCAUCCCCAGAGCCGCCUUGAUCUGCAGGGUUUUGCUUACACCCGUCCCUUUGUGAAGAUCUUGAGGCUAGUCCCUGAUCUUUUUCAUAAAAGUUUAGCAGCUGCUGAGCUUACUAAGCAGUGGGUGAAAUACCAUGCCAGCAGGCAUAGCUCCCACCCAGAACAUUCACAUGCAGUCCUAAUCCAGAGGUGUGAUGACAUAAGAGUGAUGAAAGGCAGUCUGGCCCAUCCCUGGCAUGAUGCAUCCCUUUGCCAGUCUGAACUACCUCUAAACCAUCAUGACUGUAUGAAGACCUCACGACCAUCCAAAGCUGACAACAAUAAAAAUAAUAUGGACAUGUAUAAGACGACAAUUAUCCAAGAAAGAAAUCAGCUUCAGGAGACCUAUGGAGAGCUCAUGUCCCUGCUCUGGCGGGAGGAACGUUCUUGGACACUGGAAGGAGAGAUUCAUGAGGUAAACCAGAGGAUUUCGGUUCUGCAUCUGCAGCAGGAGGCCAAGGAAAGUGAACUUGAGCAACAACUCAAGGAAGGCAACUGGAACAUGUCUAGAGCACAGCACCAAAGAAAUCUCUGUGAGCUGAAUAGACAUCUUAGGCUGGAAAAGUACCGCAAGAACAUCUUGCAGGGAGAUUGGCUACUAGAGUUGGAGGUCAGGCCAAUCCUUAUACGACCAAUUUAUACAUUGCAGGAACGCUGCCAGAAACUUAUGAGGCUUUUGCAGGUUGAGGAAGAGAUUCAACAUGAUCUCCUGCCAGCUGAGAGAAUUGAUUCACCCGCUUCCUGCAACUCAGUGGGCCUGAACAUAUUGAGUUCUUGUCCUUGAGAAUGAAGAGUGCUCUAGCCUACAGUGAUACCGUUAAUGUAAAUUUGGUUUCAGAGGAAAUUCCCCAUCUCCCUUUCCCCCACCUUUAUAUUACAUAAUAUAAUCACCUCAGUCCUAGCUUCGUAAGCUGUACUGUAAUGUGUUUUACUAAGGGCUGCCAUUGAUGAUUGUCUGGAAGCUGCAGCUGAUGCAGACUUAGUAAUGCAUCCCUUAUCACGGAUGUAUAUAAUGUAAUGCUAGACUAUAUCUAUAAAAGUCCAGUCAAAAAGGUGAAUAGUGAAAGAUGCUAGGAAUUACAAUUCAAUAACAGCUCAUGUUUCUCACCCCUGAUAAAAUAAUUUAAUUCAUUGUUGGUAUCCGUGAUACUUUGGAAUAGGGGAAAGUGUAUAUGAUUACUGACCAAAAUAUCUCAUCAUAGAGUCUUGCUUAUUGGAAAGUGAACUCGGAAAAAAAUAUAUUGUUUCAGCUAUUUCAGCUCACCACAACUAAACCCAAAAUUUCUGUUGCUAAGCAAGGCAGUUGUUAAGGGAAUUUUGCCCCAUUUUACGACCUUUCUUGCCACAGUUAUUAAAUGAAUCACUGCAGUUCUUGUUAGCGUUAUGUUGUUAAGUGUUGCUUCCCCUUUGAUUAUUCCUGUCAGAAGGUCACAAAAGGUGAUCACAUGAUCCUGGGACAUUGCAUCCAUCAUAAAUAUAUGCCCAUUGCCGAGUGUAUGAAGUUUGAUCACCUGACCAUGGGGAUGCUGCAUAGUUGUAAGGGUGGAAAAUGGUCACAAGCCAACUUUGAACAGUCACUAAAUGAAUGGUUGUAAGUCAAGACUAUCUGUAAUUCAAAUUUGCAAACAGUUCAUGU